GAGUUUAAUCACAUACUAUCAUGAGUAGUCAUGUUGCUUUCAGCUAUGAUAGUCCGUGCUAUUACAGCACCUGUGUUAUCGACUUCUACAUACAUCACCUGCGUUGCUUCUAAUUCGGGUCAUAUUCUUGCUUCAGACAGUGAAGUCCAUGCAUAGCGGGCUCGGUCAGAUAAGAGAAUGUUGCGUUGACUGUUGAUGAUUGAUGAAUUCCUGACCACAAGACGCGAGCCCUGUCAUAAUCGACCGUGAUUCUGUGCCUUGACCUGAUACAGUACCGAGAUUAGGUUAGCUCAGCUAGAUGGCCGGGCGUUUGAGGAAAGCUCUCGUUGGAAGCCUCUGUUCUCGGAAGCACCGUCAAACGUUGACCUGGGUUAUAUCAACGAGAUUGAUGCGCGGGUUUUCCAUGGAGGCAAUAAUCAAGCUCCAAUCUCUCCUCAUCUCAAGUGACUCGGCAAAGUAUGAUGUUCAGUCGGAGGUUGAAUCCAUUCAAUUGGGUGAUGGCAGUGCACAAUAGGCCCUCGAAGAGUGUCUGUCUGAAGAGUGCCUGUCUGGUAGCUGGGUGAAAGACCUCGCACCAACAAGGUACUCUACCCAGGCUAUGUGCAAAGCAGAGCCCGGUUGGGUCAGAAAAGGGUAGGUUUAUGGUUCGAACAAGGUGCAAAUUCCUAAAGGUGACCAGCCAGGGCUGUGUUCGACUGAAACCACGGCUUCCCUGCUGGUAC